AUGCCCGACAACGAUGCGGGCCUCUCCCCCGCCCUCGUCGAGACUGUCGCCGGACUCUCGGCAGGGUUGAUAGCGACGCUGGUGGUGCACCCCCUCGACAUCGUCAAGACGCGCAUGCAGCUCCACAGCAGCCGCGCUCCGACUUCAGCCAGCCUAACCACCAUCAAGCUCAUACGGAACCUGGUACAAACCUCUCAUCCGGCCGGCGCUCUGUACCGCGGACUGACUCCGAACCUGCUGGGCAAUGCGUCCAGUUGGGCCUCCUUUUUCUUCUUUAAGGCACGCAUUGAAGGGACCCUUAUGGAGUUGAAGGCGACGCAGCAUGUUAACGAUGGUAAAGAUGCGAGCAAUGUCACUGCCGCUCUCACACCCACCGACUACUUUGUCGCGUCCGGACUGGCUGGUGUAGGAGUUCAGAUCCUUACGAACCCUGUCUGGGUCCUGAAGACGCGCAUGCUCUCCUCUGACCGCGGCGCCGCCGGGGCAUACCCUAGCAUGUGGGCGGGUGCGAUGCAGCUCCUGCGGACCGAAGGUUGGCGGGGCUUUUACCGUGGCCUGGGGAUCAGCUUGUUCGGCGUGAGCCAUGGUGCAGUGCAGUUUGCUGUGUACGAGCCGGCCAAGAAGAUGUAUUAUGAGCGGCGGCGGUGGCGGGUCGAGAGAGAGAAGGAGCAGGAGGGACGGGAGGUGGAUGGAGAUGGCAGUUUGAGCAUGACUAAUGAGGGAACCCUGGUUGUGUCAAGUGUAUCGAAGUUGGCCGCCGGGGCCGUCACGUAUCCGUACCAGGUCAUCAGGAGCAGGCUGCAGAACUACAAUGCUGAGGAACGGUUUGGCAAAGGCAUCCAAGGGGUGGUGAGGCGGACUUGGACGGAGGAGGGAUGGCGGGGUUUCUAUCGAGGGAUUGUGCCGGGGGUUAUACGAGUAUUGCCGGCUACAUGGGUUACGUUUCUCGUGUAUGAGAACGUCAAGUUCUACUUGUCUCGACAAGUGGACUGA